AUUUUAAUUCCAUCCACCCAGAGAGAACUUGAGAGAAGUUGGCCUUGAUUAAGCCAGCGAAAGAUCAAACUUUCUCGACUCGAGUGAAAGAGAAAGAGAGAGAGACUUGGAGAAAGAGAAUUCUCAAUGAUGCUCUACCGCUCUCUCCCGCGAACACUAAAACUCUCAGGCUGACUGCUGAUAUGCACGUGGAAAUCGCACAACAACAACACAGGAAUUUCGUCCUGAAAUAAAUAGUUUUUCACUAUAAAUUGACUAUAUUUGCGUGACAAGUCGUUUCAUAAGCCUGACAUGGGUAAAGUAAGAGUAAAAGCGGUGUUGGAUAAGGAUCCGUACAGUGAUCAAGUUCAAAAUCCAAUCCUUGUUAGAUUUCAACAUGCUACCACGAGUCGUGAAAGCUCUUCCCUCGACCUGAACCAAAUCUUUGGCACGGCCGUCUUUCACAGCGACCCUGUUAAAUCUCAACAGAAGGACUUUUCCCAUUUAGACAGAUCCAAAAAGCAAGAAGUAGAUAUGAAACCAACACGCAACCGUAAAAGAAAAUUGGUUGCAUUGCAGAGCAGUUCAAUGACUUACAUUGGUACAGACGAGGAUGAUGAACCCCUUCGAACUUACAUGGCGGUGCGACAAGGGCAACAUAUGCAAGUGUUUGAGGUCACUCCGGUCACAGUCACACCAUUUAUCAAGGGACAUUCCUUCGUGGUUGAGCAGGAGAGGCAGAGGCAACCAAAAAAGACGCAAAUCGAAAAGAAAGAAGCUGCAAUUGAUCUUGUAAAGUCUUUUGGAUCAAAAAGGAAAAGGUUGACAUAUGAAAGACUUGAGAAAAAUCAAAUUGACGUAGUCGACAUGAAUGAAAGUAUGUCGAAAGCAUCGGCACAAAUUAGUGCAGCGGAUGAUGAACCAAUAAUCAAGGAUGACUCCAUGGUUCAUCUGAUGCCUCCUUGUCAUCGGAAGGCAAAAACUGCAGAAGAAGUGUACAACUUGGAUGAUAUUAUCACUCCAGAAGAAAUGAAUGAUAUGGAUGGUUUGUCAGAUGAGUUCCUGAACUUAUCGACGGAUGUCAUUCUGGAAUGGCAAAAUUCUAAAAAAUUUUCUGAUUACUUUUUUGCCAUGUGGCAUAGUUUGAGUUCUCAAGCUCCUAAUGGAAAAACAAUUUAUUGUGCUAAGCUUGUACUAUACACUGAAUUGUUGAUUUGUCUAUUAAAACUUCGACAUGACCAACUUCGUAAGAAGACGGUGGAACUACCUGAUGUUUUCCCCAUGUGGAUGCAAGAGAAGGCACUAGAAACUUUUACAUCUACCAACGCGAAGGGAGUCCGAAAUCGACCCGAGCACCUAAAAGAUAAAACCUGUUGCUACGUCAUGGUGUUGGUUUUACUCGCCAACAAUUUCAUAUUUGAUGUCCAGCUAAUGUCUACCAGUUUAAAUCUCCAUAUUAAAAAGCUGUUAACAUUAGCCAAAGCCGUUGGUAUAUCUCUGCAUUACAAUAGCAUUGCAAAAGAACAUCGUGGAGUUCUCAAAGUUCCUCUACCAAAACCAAUCGAGACCAGAGGAAGAAGACGGGCAUUACGCUAAUUUCAUUUAUUUACAAUUUUUGCUUUGUGUAUUUUCUGACGAAAUAUAUUUAAAGUAUUUAUACUUCCACUUGCUAUAAA